AUUUAAAUAUCUUUAGUCGGCGCUGCUCAAGUGAACACCAAACAAUCUCAUGAAUUAGUUUUGCUAAAUUAGCCACUAAAAUAUCGAGUUUGGUAGCCCAAGGGAUUAUAUGUUUAUUUUACAGCCUAUAUAUGGCAUUAGAUGUUUGCUUUAUUACGACAAAAAGUGACAAAAAGUAAAUGAAGAUUUGACCGUGACCUUAAUAUCGUGACUGACUGUAAAUCUGUCGUUAAGAAUUUAUGUACAAGAUUCAGGACAACCGGUCUUGGUAAUAGUCCUCUAUUCAUUGAUAAAACAUCAAAAUGUGGAGAGUCUUUCCACCAGAUCUUCCUCCUAAUGUCAAACCGUCAUACUUCAAAAAAAGUCGAGUAGUCAAAGAAGAAUUUCCAGCUAAAUKUAGUAAAGAGGAGUUAAGAUCACGACUUACGCCAGAGCAGUACCAUGUAACUCAAGAAAGAGGCACCGAAAGAGCAUUUACUGGUACAUAUCAUGACAAGAAAGAACCUGGUAUAUAUCGAUGUGUAGUAUGUAGCAAGGAACUAUUUAAUGCCUCAACCAAAUAUAAUUCUGGUAGUGGUUGGCCAUCAUUCUAUGAUGUCAUAGAUGAAGCAAAUGUUAAAAAGAUUGUAGACACAUCACAUGGGAUGCAUAGAGUUGAAGUUGUUUGUGCUCAUUGUGGUGCUCAUCUGGGACAUGUAUUUGAUGAUGGCCCUAAACCUACUGGUUUACGUUAUUGUAUCAACUCUGCUUCAGUAGAUUUCAAAGCUGGAGAAAAAGGCAAGAAAAGUGAAUUGUAAAGAAACCUAUAUUUGUAUCCAAAGAACAUGACAUCAUACAAUGGCUACAAUACAGAGUGCWGUAGUACAAUAAUUAAUUUGUUCUAAUUCAGGGAGUUUCCCAUGUAAAAACAAACAGGGAGUGUGGGAGGGACSAGUGGAAAUGAUAAAAACAGUGCAAGCCUUAUUUAAAUGUCACAAUAAAAUUUUUUYCGUCAUUUGCAAA